AUGGCGCCCAACACCCAAAUCCGGAUCAUCAGGCUAUACGCGCCAUCCGUUGACAAAACUGUCGAACAAUUCAUUCUCAAGCCGUCUCAAUCCUACAGCACGAUCCUUAAGACGAUCAGCAAAGUCCUCGGCAUUGACAAAUCCUGGCCAUACAAUCUCAAGCGCGAACCUGUCGAUGAUUUCAGGGACGUAGAAGCGGGGCGAACGCUCCUUAUUGCGACAUGUUACUUCGAGCGCCCACUCGCUGAGUCAGUCAGGGACGUCCUGGUUGUGCAGCCCGGCGCCGCGGAAAAAGCUUGGAUGACGCUCGAGACGGAGAAAAAGAGAGAGUACAUUGCGAAGCUGGAAAAAGACAAGGUGUACCUUACCCUAUCCCGGACCGAGAUUGAGGAUCGACUUGCCAGCGGCUUUUCGCCGUCCUUCGAAGCUUGUUUGGAGGUCAUCGAAGAGGAGACUUGGCACCUGCCGCUCGAUGCAGUCCUGGGGUUUCAGGGCAUGUUCAUGCCGUAUGGGGAGAUUUGGGAGGAGAAUCUGCUACCGGCACUGGCGAUUUUGAGCGAGGCGACGUUGGGACAGGGCAUGGUGGUCAGUGCGCUACUCAUCGAUGAGGUGAAGAGAAAUGGAGGACAUGUAGUUGAGGCGGCGCAUGUGGUGAAGGUAGGAAAGCGGCUCUUCCGGAAGGCCGCAUGA